AUGAAACUCACCCGAUCCAGAAAUUCCUCUGUUCUCGAAGACUCUGCCUUCCUUCAUGGACCUUUCGAAUUGACCGCUCAUCUCCAACAACAACAACAACAACUCAUUCUCAAACCUCAUGUCAUCAAGUUACGAAAACAUUCAAUCAAACAUGCGCAUGAAAAAGUUGACAUGAAUAAUUAUUCUCAAACCGCUCCGAGCACGAGUGCCAAUCCAAAUAAUAAUUCAAAUUCCUCUUCGGUUCAACUCGUAAAGAGUCUCCGAUUUAAAACACUCACUGUAUUAAUAUUAUUAUUUAUUUUAUUGAUGGCGUUGUGUUUGGCCACAUUAUUGACAGCUUUCAAUUUGUCAUUCCAACAAGUUGAGAAUUCCAUGGCUUUGGAAUCUGCAAAAAGAUCCACGAGAGCAUUCUUUGAUGAUUUUUCAUAUUUGAAUUCGAGAGUUUUUGAAUAUGCUGCAUUUGGAGAUACUGUCAAUGUCGUGUUGAAUACAACGAAUAAUGCUCCAAUGGCUGCAGAAGCAUAUUUGAACUAUUAUUUGCAUUGUCAAUAUCAAUUAUCGACCAAGGUGAAUUUUGCAUUGAUUUAUUAUUUGAAUGGAACCUUGUUGAAAGGUCUUGGAUGUUUUCGAGGACUCAAAUUGGAUAAGAUUCCUCAAGAAUUGUUGAGUUUGGAUACCAUAGUGGGAAGACCAUUGAAAAAGAAUAUUGAAAAUCCAGCUACGAGAAAUGUUGGUUUCUUUUCUCCAAGUGAAAAAUUACUGGAUCUCGUGACGAAUUCAGAAACGAGUGCCAUACUUGCAAAGAAUUUUUCAAUCACUCCAUCGAGUGAUGUUUCGAAUGUGUUGCUGUUGAGUGCCAUGCCCAUUCAAGAUACGGAUUAUAAAAAAAGUUAUGGACUUCUCGUUUUUGGACGAUAUGAAUUUAUUGAUUACGUGUAUGACAUGUCCGAUCGAACUCAAUUAUGCCUUACCCUGUACAAUUUAGACAUUCUCAAAGAUCGACAAACGUUUGCUGCCUCCCUCGCGAAUGAUUUUUCCAAUUUCACAGAAUUAACCUAUUACGGAAAAGAUUUAACAACCUUAUCCAAUUAUAUUUCAAAAAGUACAAGGAAUUGGCAACCCACGAUCAUUAAUGGAAUUUAUUCACAAAGUAAUUGGGGAAAUAAUUCAGGACAAUUUGUUCAACAAAUUUCUGUCCCAACAGAUUUUGAUGACACGAUUCCCAUUUUAAAAAAUCGACAAUGUGCUGAUUCUGAUAGUGUCGUUGGAGAACGAAUGGCUGUUUUUCAACUUUUUAAUGACAUUACUGGAAAGAGCAAUCUUGUCAUUCGAACAGAUUUUCCAAGAGAUAUUUUCACACUUGGUAUUACUUCAUUUGUAAUCACGUGGGCUGUCAUGACAUUUAUGAUUAUUUUACUGUCAGUGUCAGUGAUCAUUUUCUUGGAAUAUUUUGUAAUAAGGCGAGUGAUUCGAUUGACGAACUCGGUGCGAUCGAUCACCAACAAUAACGACAUUAAGCAAAGAGUUCCAAACAGUGGCUCCGACGAAUUAGGAAUGCUCUCUGAUGACGUGAAUGACAUGCUCACUGCUCUCGAUAACUCACAAUCUGUUCUCACAGAGGAUAAUUUACUCAUGCAACGAUUAUUAGAGAAAACGUCACUUUCUGAACAGCAAUCACGUGUGAUAAUGAACGGCAUAGAGGAUUUUAUAAUUGUUGCUAAUUGUAAGAAUGGCUCCAUCAUUUCAUUUAAUACUAUUUUCGAGUCCAAGAUUUUGAAAAAGAAUUUGACCAAUAUCAUGGAUUAUUUUAUCACCGAGUCACGUCACUCAGUGUCAACAGAUACUCUCAAUAUUUAUGACUCUUCAGAAACGAGUAUUACUACAAAUUCCGCUACUGCCAAGGUGGAUGAUUUUCUCUCCAAGUUGGAUCAACUCGCACAAUCGAAAACGAGAUGGGAAAUUCAUUUGAAAUCCUCACUGAAUAUUGAAAUACCAGUUUCAGUUUCUGCCAGUCAUGUGAACAUGAUGCUCGAAGAGGGUAAAAUUAAUGAUGUUUUUGUAAUUGUUGCCAGAAAUUUGAGUGAACAACAAGAGUUGAGACAAGCUGUCAAACAUCACCAACAGCAAAUGCAACAAUUCAAACAAAAUUUGGAAUUUGAAAGAGUCAUGUUCCAUCCAGUGCUUAAAGAAAAAUUUAAGGCCUUCUGCGAAAAGGAAUGUUCAGAAGAGAACUUUUCAUUCCUGGAAGACGUUGCUGCUUACAAGACAACUAAAAAGACCGCGGAUCGAUCCAAAAAACAAUCCGAAAUUAUACAGAAAUAUCUUCUUGAUUCCUCACCAACUCCCAUCAACAUUUCUCAGAAAGUUAAGGAGACAGAAGUGACCAAGAUUUCGAAUGGUUACGCACAAAUUGAUUUGUUCGACAAUAUUGAGCGAGUAGUGAAGGCCAUGAUGCUUAAAGACACCUUUAUGCGUUUUUCGUUGCAAAAUGAUAUUGCAUUGGUAGAGACAUCUUCAGCAUCAUCUGAUUCAGGCACAACGUUGAGUAUUCUGUCAUCAUCGACUGUGAGUAAUGCCUCCACAAGUGUGUUGUAA